ACAUCCUCUUUAUCAAGUUUUUCCAAAUUCACAAAACACGGUUUUAACCACGGUGAGUGAAGCUAAAAGAGCGAGUUUAGAUUUGCAGAGGUGCGUACUCUGGCUGCAGAAGCAAAAACACUCGCUACUGAAAGGAAAAAUUGAAGAAAAUGGCGUCUUCAGCUCUCUCCAGAAUAGCUAACCUCCAAAAACACUUCAAUCCCAACUCCAAGGGUGAAAGGGGAGUUAAGAUAUCCUCGGAAGUGGCAGAAGCUUUAGCACUUGGGAAAGCCGUGGUUGCUCUUGAAUCCACCAUUAUUUCUCAUGGAAUGCCAUAUCCACAGAAUUUGGAGACAGCCAAAGAGGUGGAGGCAAUCGUAAGGCAGAAUGGAGCAAUUCCUGCGACUAUUGCUAUUUUGGAUGGCAUGCCUUGCGUAGGUUUAUCCCUGGAAGAACUUGAGAGGCUGGCUAUCCUAGGAAGAAAAGCUCGAAAGACAGCUCGAAGGGACAUUGCACAUGUUGUAGCUACUGGAGGAAAUGGUGCAACUACUGUUUCUGCAACAAUGUUUUUUGCUGCAAAGGUUGGCAUUGCAAUAUUCGUCACUGGGGGUAUCGGUGGAGUGCAUAGACAUGGAGAGAGUACUUUAGAUAUUUCUUCUGAUCUCACGGAGCUGGGAAGGACACCUGUAGCUGUAGUUUCUGCAGGGGUGAAAUCAAUAUUAGAUAUUCCAAGAACACUGGAGUAUUUGGAAACACAAGGAGUUUGUGUUGCAGCAUAUCAGACAAAUGAGUUCCCUGCUUUUUUCACUGAAAAGAGCGGCUGCACGGCACCUUCUCGUGUUGACUCACCUGAGGAUUGUGCUCGACUAAUAGAUUCAAGCAUUAAUCUUGGGCUGAUGACUGGAAUUCUGAUAGCACUCCCUAUUCCAAGAGAACAUUCUGCUUCAGGAAACAUAAUUGAGUCAGCAAUACAGAAAGCUCUUAAGGAAGCUAGGGAGCAGAAUGUGACUGGCAGUGCUGAAACUCCUUUCUUACUUGCUAGAGUGAGCGAGCUAACUGGAGGGACCUCUCUUGCUUCAAACAUUGCUCUCGUGAAAAAUAAUGCGCGCUUAGGUGCUCAGAUUGCAGUGUCCCUCUGUCAGCUACGAGAUCAUAGUUGUAAAGGCCGAACAACUUUUCUCGUGGGAUUAAUUGGCUUUAAAUUCUUAUAUAUUCCCUCAACUAGAAAUUUCCUUUACCAUCCUACCUCGGGGUACCUAAUGGAGAAAAAGGGUUAGCAGCCAUGUUUUAAGAAGCCAACAACUAUAUAGGAACACUUGCAAAGCAUGGUAGAUCUGGACAUGAAACUUUCUAGAUUCUCAACGCUUCCCAAUUUCGUUUCUGGGUUUGGUCACACCAGGACUCUGUGCAUUGAUUGACCGUAAUAAACCUCCUUUCUUUACCACCAACACUAAUGUAAAAGCCACCCCUAAAUCACUUGUAAGUACCAGAAUCUUUUACAUUUCUCAAUUUAAGAAAAAUAGUCAUAUUUCUUCAAAAAGCCUUCAUUUCAUAGUCUGUAUGUUUUUCUUCCACUUGAAAGGAUAAAUGAAUUUAUUGCUUUUUUUCCUGAGUU